AUGGAUUACUAUUUAAAAAUAGACAUUGAUUACGCUUCGACAAUAAAAAUAAUGGCUACAACUUUAAGAAUUACAGACGCACUAAGAUAUCUUCAUAGUACCCAAGAAUUAAUGCAUUGUAACAUAAAUACGGCGUCAAUCUUGUUGGUUAACAAAAGUAUAUGGAAAUUGGGUGGAUUGAAUUUUCUAGAAAAGAUUGUUGACACCACAAAGAUAACUCCAAAGUUUACUGGAUGUUCAGUAAAAGUACCAGUGCUUGCUCAACCAGAUUUAGAUUUUAUUGCUCCAGAAGCUCAGAUGUAUAAUUCCAUGUCACCGCUUGCCGACAUGUUUUCCUUAGGAAUGGUAGUUUGUGCUAUUCAUAAUCAGGGUCAUUCUUUGAUUGACUCAGAGCAAAAUCCAAAUGUUUAUGUUAAACAAUUGCCUGAAAUCCCAAAUAAUUUUGAAAAAAUAUGUGAACGACUACCCAGAGCUUUAUUAGAACCUGUACGUAAAAUGAUCAGUAAGGAUGUUCGUGAAAGACCGACAUCACAGCUUUUUGCUUUAUUAAAGGUAUUUAACGAACCAGUAGUUCUUUCUUACGAAGGUUUACUAACAUUGAAUGAUAAAACAUUAAAUCAGAAGAAAGAAUUCUUUGGCCGACUCCCUAAAGUUAUACCCUUAUUUGAACCUAAUGUCAGAUAUAAAUAUAUUCUACCACUUAUUUUACAAUGGUUAUAUGAGUCAAACGAAUUAAUUCCCUAUAUUCUACCAUCAUUUUUAACCAUGAUUAAAGUGGCGGAAUCUGAUGAUUAUGACAAAUAUUUAAAAUCCCACUUGCACAAAAUUUUAACGGAAACCAAAUCACUUCAGACAAGUAUGGUAAUUUUGGAUCUUUCAGAUUUCUUUAUUAAUCACAUUAGUCAAGAUGACAUUGGAAAUCUUCUCCUUCCUGAAAUAUUUGUUUGCCUCGAACCGGGCACUCCAAAAUCUUUGGUAAGCUAUUAUUUUCACACAUACGAUUAUUCAUGUAAAAGUUCUUAA